AUGUCGGGGAUCAGCGACCGGAUGCUACAGCUGGACAUGGCUCUGACCCAGAACGGGACACCAGCCACGCCUCAUCUUCGUCAAGCGCGGAUCAAACGGAAAAACAGCCCUACAGACAUCAGCCAUUUAGUCUUUGGUCCGCAGCCUGGGAAGAAACACCAAUUGUGGAUCACAGAUCGGAUCAUGGAACCUCAGACAAUUCCUCACUUCUUUGAGUUUCUCAUGAACGGGGAACUUCCUGGAGAUCGACAAACGUCUCGUCCUUUGCUUACGGUUGAAGAGGUCAAGAACUUGACUAGACCUGCUUCGGAAUGGGCCCCUGCUCCACUUAAUCGACAGGCGAGAUCGACUGGGGAGUGGAUUGGCAUCAGAAUUGGUUCGUAUGAAGACAGUUCUCGACUCUGGCCGAUUGCCAAAGAACUUCAUGCUAUGAAGUCGAGGCUUUGGGAGGGAGUGCCACCGAUAUCUGAGAGGCGAUGGCAAGAGUUGGGGCUUGAUCAUCCGGAUAGAUUCCCAGAAGCGUGUCGUUACUUCGUUGCGGUCAUCAAUGUCUUCAUCUACCUGAACACAAAGCGCACCAAAGCAGCUCUGCGAAAGACAUAUAACCUGAUAUGGGACCACCUCAGGGUGUUUGAGCAGGCGAUCAACGCAAAGAGAAAAGAGGAAGCAGAAAACGGCGUUUAUGAGCACGUAUCAGUAACUGGUCUCUGGUACGAGUUCAUCAAAGCGCAAUACGACUCCAUCUGUGAGAAUGCCCACCACUGGAUCAUCGAGCACAUUGAUCGCAUACGAGAGUCAAUCGUGCAAGAGCUCGCGCUGCAUCAACCCGAUCAUCCGGAUCAUUACAGCGAUAAACAAUGGGAGUUGACAAACAAGCUCCACGACCUUGCCGAAAACACUGCUCAAGCUGAUUACACCAUAAUGAUGCCCACGGAUGGAUACAAAGGCGAUAGUCUCCCAGUAAAAGAGGACGAUUGUCUUACCGAAGCUCAUGGCGGUGGUUUUCGCACAGAGACAAUCAGUUGGUCCGCGAAUCUAUCAUGGCGAGCGUCUGACUACACCAAGCGUGUUAGGUAUCUUGACCGGAAAGAGAUGUACAGUCAUCUGGAGCAUGAGGACUUUAGACUGCUCCGGGGCUCCGGGAGGAUGAGUGACCCAGCGUGUAUGGUCAUCUCGGCGAUUAGUCAGAUUGAUGCGCAGACUAUGGCUAGGGAAGAACUACGAGGGCUCCCUAAACAUCCAGACUAUGUACCGUGGAUUGAGUAUGCGCGACGAAGAUCGAACAAACGCUUGGGUUUUGUAGCGUAUAGGCUGUGUCAUGAGUAUAGUCCUGAGAAGUGGGAUAUGUUCAAGGUCAAGUUCGAGGCGGACAUUUCUGACUGGGGACGAGGGACGAUAGGUAUCAAUGACGUUCGCAAGGCGUGUAAAAUCCAUUGGAUUGAUGGCAAAGAGAAGGAAAUUGCGGAUGAUGAUAUCGAAACUGCAAAGAAACAUUUUGAGACCAUGUCAGAUCAGUCAGUCCACGAACGUGUAUUCCUCGCCAUCGACGAGGCAACCAUGAAAUCAUAUCUCGAACCAGAACCAGGUAAAGAGAAAUUCGUCCUCGCCGUCGACGCAAAAUACACACCAACAAACGAAGAGAACGUAGAGUCACCAGGCUACAAGGGGACUUUGCGCAUACUGGGUAGUAUUCUUUGGGAUGAGCUAGGCGCACUGUUAGUCAUGCAAAGCGCAUUUCUUGAGAAUCUCUGGCCGAUGGCGAUGCAUGAUGCUGAGGGUGUAUAUCGCGGUAUCAGGGUUACGUCAGUGCUCAAGUUCUCAUCUUAUCAAGAGAAUCUGAACUGGAGGCUCGCGAGUGAGAUAGUUCCCAAGUUGGUAGCUUUCAGACGAAGACUUGAGUUCAGAUCGAGGAGAUAG